AUGGCUCUUCAUAUAAACAGUGGAUGUUUUACCAUAAUGGGUCACUCUAGAAUUCAAAGAAUAAGAGCUGUUGCUUCAGAUGGAUCUUCAACUCUUAAGACAGUUGAAGACAAGGUGAAAUUGGGCGGCUCUGAUUUGAAGGUGACUACAAUUGGAAUUGGUGCUUGGUCAUGGGGUGAUACUACUUACUGGAACAAUUUUCAGUGGAAUGAUAGGAAUGAGAAGGCUGCUAAAGAGGCUUUCGAUGCAAGUAUUGAUGGUGGUUUAACCUUUUUCGACACUGCUGAAGUUUAUGGCUCUGGGCUUGCUUUCGGAGCCAUAAAUUCAGAGACACUUCUUGGAAGAUUUCUUAGAGAAAGAAAAGAAAGGGAUCCAAAUGUUGAUGUUGCAGUUGCAACCAAGUUUGCUGCACUGCCAUGGAGAUUAGGCCGUCAAAGUGUUAUCAGUGCACUUAAGGAUUCCCUCGGUCGACUUGGAAUGACUUCGGUGGAUGUGUAUCAGCUUCAUUGGCCGGGAGUAUGGGGAAAUGAAGGGUAUAUUGAUGGUCUAGGUGAUGCUGUUGAAAAGGGACUUGUAAAGGCUGUUGGUGUUUCAAACUAUAGUGAAAAACGACUCCGAGAGGCUUACAAAAGACUAAAGAAGAGAGGUAUUCCGUUGGCCUCAAACCAAGUAAACUACAGCCUUAUCUAUAGGACCCCUGAAGAAAAUGGCGUGAAGGCUAGCUGCGAUGAACUGGGGAUUUCAUUGAUCGCCUAUUCUCCAAUAGCUCAAGGUGUUCUAACCGGAAAGUAUACUCCUGAAAAGCCCCCAAGUGGACCUCGAGGCCGAAUUUAUACUCCAGAAUUCCUUACAACGCUCAAACCUUUGCUGAACAAGAUCGCCGAAAUAGGAGACAAGUACAACAAAACUUCUACUCAGGUAUCACUGAACUGGCUUGUAGCUCAAGGCAAUGUUAUACCGAUUCCUGGUGCUAAGACAGCAGAGCAAGCUGAAGAAUUUAAAGGUGCACUUGGGUGGAGAUUGGACAAUGAUGAAGUAGCUGAGUUACGAAGUUUGGCCUCCAAAAUUAAGCCUGUUAUUGGUUUUCCAGUUGAAAAACUCUGA